AUGGCUUCACGGCACUGGCGCAUGUGCAGCCACCCGAAGUUCCCGGCCCUGGCGCGGAAGCACUCGGAGUGCAAGUCGGCCCUGCAGCCGGGGCAGAUGGCGGGGGACCUGGGCUGGAUUUCCAAGGGGACCCUUCCGGACCCCACGCUGGAAGAGGCGGUCUUGGCACUUGAGGUGAACGAACUGAGCGACCUGGUCACAACCGGGCGCGGAGUUCACAUCGUGCAGAGAUACGCUUGA